AUGGUUAAUUCAGCUCUAGGUCGUGAAGUUGCAGGUAUCAUUGGUAACCUAAUUGCAUUAGGUCUUUUUCUUUCUCCUUUACCAACUUUCCACAGUAUCUAUAAGAAAGGUGAAGUCAAGGAGUACUCUCCCUUACCGUACAUAGUUACCCUCCUCAACUGUUUAUUGUGGGUGUAUUACGGUAAAGUGCAUCCCAACAGCCUUCUUGUGAUCAUUAUCAAUGCGAUUGGCAUUGUUAUCCAGUUCUCCUAUGUUGUUUUUUAUUUCAUCUACGCCAAUAAGAAACAGAGAAGAUUCGUAGCUUGUUUGAGUCUGAUCGAGAUUGCUAUCUUCAUCUUGGUGGUGCUUUUGUGCUCUUUGAUCCCGAGCUCUACCAAGCACUGGGAUAUAGCUGUGGUAACCGGAAUAGCAUGUGACCUCGUCAACAUUGCCAUGUAUGUUAUGCCAUGUCUCGCGAUUUACAAGGUUUAUAGGACAAAGAGUCUUGAGUACAUGCCGUUCUGGCUUUCGUUAUUCAGUUUUGUCAACGGUGGUUUCUGGCUAGUUUAUGGGCUGCUCCCUGUUGAUCUAUAUAUUAUUUUAAGCAACGGCAUUGGUUGUGCCUUGGGUGUAAUUCAGAUGAGUGUUAUUGGGUACUACUUUUUCAAGUACCCACAACCAAAAGAUUACAUCUCAUUGCCGGAGUAUCCAAACUGGUUGAAGUUCUGGAAAUCGCGGGAGAACAAGAUCGCCGAUGAAAAGGCCGGUGAAGGCGGCCAAGUAGAGAUCUCCGAUAUGGUCUAA